AUGAGGGAUGUCCCUAGGGUGCCCAAAGGGAGGCUGCACGUGGCCGAGAUCGUGGGGCGGCAGGGUUGCAAAAUAAAAGCACUGAGGGCCAAGACAAACACGUACAUUAAGACCCCCGUGCGUGGAGAAGAGCCCGUCUUUGUCAUCACUGGACGAAAAGAGGAUGUAGCCAUGGCCAAAAGGGAAAUUCUCUCCGCUGCUGAGCACUUCUCCAUGAUCAGAGCAUCGCGCAACAAGAACAGCCCUUCCCUGGGAGGGCUGCCCUGCACUCCCAACCUGCCGGGGCAGACAACGGUCCAAGUGAGGGUGCCUUACCGCGUGGUGGGGCUCGUGGUGGGCCCCAAAGGAGCCACGAUCAAGAGGAUUCAGCAGCAGACGCACACCUACAUCGUGACGCCCAGCAGGGACAAGGAGCCCGUCUUCGAGGUGACGGGGAUGCCCGAGAACGUCGAUCGCGCCCGCGAGGAGAUCGAGAUGCACAUAGCCAUGCGCACCGGGAACUACAUCGAGCUCAACGAAGAGAACGACUUCCAUUACAACGGUACAGACGUGAGCUUCGAAGGAGGCACUCUGGGAUCUGCUUGGCUUGCUUCUAACCCGGUCCCUCCCAGCUGCCCCAGAAUGAUUUCCAAUUACAGAAACGAUAGCUCCAGCUCCUUGGGAAGUGGCUCCACAGAUUCCUAUUUCGGAAGCAAUAGAUUGGCUGACUUCAGCCCUACAAGCCCGUUCAGCACAGGCAACUUUUGGUUCGGAGAAACGCUGCCUUCGACGGGCACGGAAGAUCUGGAAGUCGACUCUCUUGCGUGUGACUCCUUACCACCGCCUUCCCAAACAAUCUGGACCCCUUUCGAACCUGUAAACCUGCUCUCCGGCUUCAGCGGCAACCCUACUGGUAGCGUCAAACCUCAGCGAAGAGGGAGUCAACCGUCUCCCCCUCACCUGUCUCCAACGUUUCCCGAAAGCCUGGAUCACCUGCUCGCCAGGAGAGUGAGAAGUGAUCCGCCUGGCACAGGCAACCACGCUGGCCUUCCAAUUUACAUCCCUGCUUUUUCUAACGGUACCAACAGCUACUCCUCUUCCAACGGCGGCUCCACGUCCAGCUCGCCGCCCGAGUCGCGGCGCAAGCACGACUGCGUGAUCUGCUUCGAGAGCGAAGUCAUGGCGGCCCUCGUCCCGUGCGGCCACAAUCUCUUCUGCGUGGAAUGUGCCAACAAAAUCUGUGAAAAAGAAUCGCCAUCAUGUCCUGUUUGCCAGACAUCUGUUACUCAGGCAAUCCAAAUCCACUCUUAAAUAUAUAGAGAUAUUAUUAUAUAUGGAACUUUUAA